AUGGCAUUCGGAUUCGAAACAACCGUCGUCAUCACAGGGCCGAGCUGGGAGAGCAUCGGAGCCGAAACUGCUAUUACCCUCGCCAAAGGAAGCCCCGCGAUGUUGGUCCUGCUAGGUCGAGAUAUCGAAAGGCUCAAACCUGUCAUGGAGAAAAUCCAUGCGAUUGAUUCAGAGAUAGUCACAAAGUUUGUCCAGAUACACCUGGAUUCCUUGAAGAGUGUGCGCCAUGCAGCUCAGCAGAUUCUCGAGGAUAGCGCCAUCGCCAAGAUCCACAUCUUGAUUAACAACGCUGGGAUUAUGGCCUGUCCAUACUCCAAAACUGAGGAUGGUAUCGAAAGACAGUUCGCAACGAAUCAUAUUGGGCACUUCCUCUUGACGAACCUGCUCACGCCGAAGAUUCUGGCCGCAAGUCCUGAUGCUAGAGUUGUGAACGUCUCCAGUUACGGCAAUGUUCUGUCAAACGUGCUCGAAGACCCAAGCUUCAACGAUGGAAAGGAAUACGUCUCUUUCCUCUCGUAUGGACAGAGUAAGACUGCAAAUGUCCUGAUGGCGCUGGGGUUGAAUAAAAGGCUUGGGCCUCGCGGCUUGAAGGCGUUUGCACUGUGUCCAGGAAGUGUACCAACAAAUCUCCGCCGCUUCAUGAACCCAGACACGAUGAAAGAAGGGGCCGAGAUCAUAUCGAAGAGUCAGGCGGCAAUGCCACAGCGCAAAACUCCGCAGCAGGGUUGUGCGACCACUGUCCGCGCGGCGAUAGAUCCUAACUUGAAUGUUGACCAGAGCAUUUUUCUUUCGGACACUCAAGUAACAUCCAGUCCAACCGUAGUGGCUCCAUAUUCCUUGGAUCAGUCAAAUGCCGACAGAGUUUGGACUCUAAGCGAGAAGCUGGUUGGCGAAGCAUUUGAAUAUUGA